UGUUUUCGUUCUGCUCUUCUCACGCGCACUGGUUGGCUGAUUUGUGCGAAUCCUGACUCAUAUGGUGCGUGUUUACUACGCGAAAAAGAACAAAUUUAGCCAAGCCUUUUUAUGUUUAAUUGAUUGUAAUCAGCUUGUUUAUUUGAUUAGAGCUCACUCUAUCGAGGGACGAACAGAAACGGAGUGUUUUCGGAACAGAGGAGGAAGAAAAAACAGCUGGCAGAAUACUGUUACUUCGCAGUGGGUGAGAAAUGAUUUCAUCGGAUGUUAGUUAACCGGAUCAUCCGAGCCCGUGGUCUGCAUGGAUUAGUGCACGAUGAAUGACACCUUGUCAUGACAGAAGUGACGUGGGGUCAUCAUGAAUACAUUGACUGCGGUGGGGAACGAUUUCGUCGAUAAGCUCCCCUAGCCUUAGUGUAGUAAACAGUGAAAGGUAGAAACAAAAAAAUUGUAUUGAUAAGCAGCCGGAGUACUGAGAUAAGCCGAGGUGGUGAUUAUGAGUGCCGAAAGUUCGGAUACAACGAAUUCAGUUGACACGAUGGCGCAAGGAGGGGCCAAUAACAAAAUCUGCAGCGUUUGCGGUGACAAAGCGUUGGGUUACAACUUUAACGCGAUGACCUGCGAGAGCUGUAAAGCAUUCUUCCGGCGCAAUGCUCUUUCCACGAAGGGUUUCACCUGUCCAUUCAACGAGGUCUGUGAGAUCACAGUGGUAACGAGACGAUUUUGUCAGAAAUGUCGGCUGGACAAGUGCUUUCAGGUGGGAAUGAAGAAGGAAUAUAUUAUGUCGGAGGAGGAUAAGGCCCUGAAGAGGAAAAAGAUCGAACAGAACAGAGCGAAGAAGAGAAAGGCGAAUGAUACCGGUGCCGGAGGAAACAGUGUCCAGCAUGAGUCUGGUGAGAUAGUGGAAUUUGAGUUACCUACAAAAAUUAAGCGCGAGGGAAACGAUUCCGAUAGCUGGAGCAAUUCACCUUCUGACUAUGCUUCGGUCGAAACUAUGCAUCAGACGGCAUCUUCGAUGCAAAAUUUAACGGUUUCUAAUAUGAACGGUUAUAAUAGUGUGCCUUUAUCUAAUGAGAUGUGUAGUCCAUCGCCAGCAAUGUAUGAUGCUAUUCAGACUCAUAGUCAUGGAGGAGAAUCAUCGUCCCCUUCACAGCCUGGCGAGUCGAUUUUUACGACAAAUAAUUUCAGCGAGUUACCACAAUCUGUGAGACUAACGGUUGACUCAAGUCCGGAAGAUAUCGUUAAUCGAAUUGUUAACUAUCCUACCCAGGCAAGCCAGACGAUUGCAACACUAAUGAAAACACCGAAAGACGCUGUUUUCAUUAUGUCCAAAAUUAUCAACUCCCAGUGUGAUGCGCUGAAACUGAUAUCGCACUUUAUAACUGCACCUGGCGAUGCACUGCAAAUAAUCAGCAAGAUAAUGAACUCUCCUCUGGACGCUUUGACGGUGUUUGCGCAAUUUAUGAGUUCACCUACCGAUGCUCUGCAAAUUAUCGGGAAAAUAAUGAGCUCUCCAGCGGACGUUCUUCUGUUUAUGCAGCAGCUGAUGAAUCAGCCAGAGGAUGCGGUUCAAAUCAUGAACAAAUUCAUGAGUUCUCCGGCGGAAGCGCUGCACAUGAUCAAUAAAAUGAUGAACCAUUCGGAGGUCAUCGAGACCAUCAAAGAAGCCGCCGACACGUCGCAUUUCGACGAAGAAGAUCAGCUUGACGUGGUUCCGCCAAAAGUACCUUCGAGCGAAGUGCCCCAUCCGAAUCCAGCAAGCGGAGCAUCUCCUUCGUCAACCUCAUUCUGUGAGCCUACCUUCAGUACGCUAGAUCCAUUCUUCACCGGUGUCUCUCCGGAGUUCCACACCGAGUGUGCUCCACAAAAUUCCGAUCUUAGUUUUUUCGAGGACAUCGAGAGGGGACCCAUCCUUCCGAACACCCUGCAGUCGAUUCUGGUUCAGGCAAUUCGACUCGAGUACGAGGGUUUCAAUGUUGGAUCCGUCGCUGCGUCGUCAGCCCCAACAGUUUCGUCAGUCCCAAAGCAUCAACCGGCAUCGCCGCAUCAGCAGCAGCAGCAGCAGAAGAUGGGACUGGGCAAUAGCAUCGAACUGAAUGAUGCCGAGCGGGCUAAACUUAACGAGCUGAUUGUGGCGAAUAAGGCGCUCUACGCGCCGGUGGACGAGGACCUGGCGACGCUCAUAUCGGAAGACUGUCGCAUAAAGUCCAACCAGAACCAGCACGACCCGUUGCUGCUGAAAGUGAUUAACCUCACGGCCAUCGCCAUCCGGCGACUCAUCAAGAUGUCCAAGAAGAUAAGCGCAUUCAAAAAUAUGUGCCAGGAGGAUCAGCUAGCUCUGCUGAAGGCCGGCUGCACGGAGAUGAUGAUUCUCCGUUCGGCGAUGCAGUAUGACUGUGAUAGGGCAAGUUGGAAGAUCCCCCACAGCCAGGAGGAGAUGUCCAACAUCCGGGCCGAUGUGCUGAAGCUUGCCAAAGGCAAUGUGUACCAGGAGCAUGAACGCUUCAUUCGUACCUUCGACAAGAGGUGGCGCUCGGACGAGAACAUAAUCCUAAUAAUGUGUGCCAUAACGCUGUUCUCGCCGGACCGACCGAAAACGAUACAUUCCGAUGUGAUAAAGCUGGAACAGAAUUCGUACUACUACUUGCUGCGCCGAUACCUGGAAAGUAUAUACUCGGGAUGCGAGGCGCGCUCAGUUUUCCUCAAGCUGAUGCAGAAAAUCUCCGAACUGCACAGGUUGAAUGAUGAAAUCAUAAGUGUUUAUCUGAACGUAAACCCCGCCCAGGUGGAGCCGCUGCUGAGGGAGAUUUUCGAUUUGAAAGUUCACUAGUGGUGUGUGAUUGAUUGAUAGGAAUCAUCACAAGGAAAAACCACAUACAACUAUUAGCGUUAGCGUUGUUUCAUAGCUGGUUCUACUGAAAAACAAUGCCAGUUCCAUAGGUAGCUUUCUGAAAGCCUAGUGAUUCGUUGUUGAGUGAAGCUUUAAUGGAUUAUAUAUAUAGAGUUUAUGUAUUUAUAGCGAUGUAUUUUUACAGCAGGAGGCAGAGAGAAGAAGUGGUACCAGUGCUAGAUUUUAAGAAACGUAACUGUUUACGAAUAAAAUAUAUACACAGAAAACCCCUUUUUUCUCCCAUUCGUUUAUUUUUAUUUAGUCGUGUACAUUACGGUGGAUGUACGGGAAAAAAUUCAUCAUCGAAUUUCAAAAACCGACCGUGUACAUUUUGUUUAUUGGCCCCAAAAAAAUGAUCUGUGCAAAGUUUCAGCUCAAUCGAACAUGAUUUAGGGGUGCCUCAAAGCGGUCAAAGUUUUGAUUUUUUGCAAAUGGUUGGAUGACGAGUUUUGGUAGAAAUACUAGGAAUUUUAUAUUAAAAUGUAAUUAUAAGGGUAGAUUAGAAGAUCAAUCAAUGAACAGUUCUGCGAUUGGACCCAUGAACGUGCGCUUAGCAAGAAAACGUGAAUGUGAUAAGGAAAAAUAAAUUUUUGGUGGGACGAAGUUUGCCGGAUCAGCCGGGUGUACUUUUAUAUUAUUUAGUAAUCGAUAAUUAUCUUUAAUUUAUAAAAUAAUUUAUCAUUGAAUACUUAUUUGUAUGACCUAUGUUUUUUUCUUUAAUUAACCCUCUCACAGAUCGAGAAUCAGAAGUUUUGUUUUGAGAAGGCUGAAUUACAUAACUAAGACAAACUGAAUGAAAUUGAAGAAAAAAAUGUUUCUGGAGUUUUUGCAUUUACAUUUAUAUUUUCUUAAAAAAAGUUUAGAAUAGGAAAAUUACAGAGACUCGCACAGUCUGUGACAUACGGGUUAUGAUUUUGCACGCGAGUAUAGGAGGGUUAAAACUAUGUUUUAUUGUCUGGUACUACACUCAUUUUCUAAUGAUUUUUUGAUACAGUCAACGUUGGUAGACCGCGGAAUAACAUCUGGACAUUUAAUCGCCCGUAAUACCCAAAAGUUUGGCCACCCCUGGUAUAUACGCAUCAGGCGAUUGA